AUGGGAGUCAUACAUAUUGUACUUUUCAAGGUGAAUGCGGAUACUUCGGAAGAGGCAAUCAAUAAAGCACUUUCAGAGGUUAUUUUACUAAAAGAAAAGAUUCCGGAAAUUGUGAAGGCAUCGGCUGGUAAAAAUUUUACAGAUCGAGCAAAAGGAUAUGAAUACGCUUUGGUCAUUGAGUUAUCCUCAAAAGAGGAUCUUCAAACCUACUUGAAUCAUGAGGAUCACGUUGAAUUUAAAUCACAAUAUUUGACGCCAAUUAUGCAAGAUUGUUUGGCUUUUGAUUUCGAAAAUUAA